ACCGGAGGCCGUAUCGGCAGUACUACGUGGAGGCUUUUGGAGACCCUUCUGAGAGAGCCUGGGUGGCUGGAAAAGCAAUCGUCAUGUUUGAAGGCAGACAUCAAUUUGAAGAGCUACCUGUCCUUAGGAGAAGAGGGAAACAGAAAGAAAAAGGAUAUAGGCAUAAGGUUCCUCAGAAAAUUUUGAGUAAAUGGGAAGCCAGUGUUGGUCUUGCUGAACAGUAUGAUGUUCCCAGAGGGUCAAAGAGUCGAAAAUGUGUAACCAGUUCCAUCAAGUUGGACAGUGAGGAAGAUGUGCUAUUUGAGGACUGUACAAAUGAUCCUGAAUCAGAACAUGAUCUUUUGCUUAACGGCUGCUUGAAAUCUCUGGCUUUUGAUUCUGAACAUUCUGCAGAUGAGAAAGAAAAGCCUUGUGCUAAGUCUCGCGCUAGGAAAAGCUCUGAUAAUCCAAAAAGGACUAGUGUGAAAAAGGGCUUCAUGCAAUUUGAAGCACAUAAGGAAGACCGGAGGGGAAAGAUUUCAGAGAACCUUGGCCUAAACUUUAUCUCUGGAGAUGUAUCUGAAAAGCAGGCAUCUAAUGAACUUUCUAGGAUAGCAAACAGCCUCACAGGGUCCAGCGCUGUCCCUGGAAAUUUUCUGUUUUCUUCUUGUGGAAAAAACACUGCAAAGAAAGAAUUUGAGACUGCAAAUUGUGACUCUUUAUUGGGUUUGCCUGAGGGUGCCUUGAUCUCAAAACGUUCUGGGGAAAAGAAGAAACCCCAGAGAGGUCUAUUGUGCAGUUCAAAAGUGCAGCUCUGCUAUAUUGGAGCAGGUGAUGAGGAAAAGCGAAGUGAUUCCAUUAGUAUCUGUACCACUUCUGAUGAUGGGAGCAGUGAUCUGGAUCCUGUAGAGCACAGCUCAGAGUCUGAUAAUAGUGUCCUUGAAAUUACAGAUGCUUUUGAUAGAACAGAAAACAUAUUGUCUAUGCAGAAAAAUGAAAAGAUAAAGUAUUCUAGGUAUCCUGGCACAAACUCUAGAGUAAAAGCAAAGCAGAAACCUCUCAUUACUAAUUCACAUACAGACAAUUUAACAGAUUGUACUAAGACAGCAGAGCCUAGAACUGAGACAUCUCGGGUUAAUCUCUCUGAUCUUACGGUAUCCACUCCUGUCCACAAACCCCAAUCAGAUUUCAGAAAUGAUGGUCUCUCUCCAAAAUUCAGCAUGGCAUCAAGCAUUUCUAGUGAGAACUCACUAAUAAAAGGUGGGGCAACAAAUCGACCUCUGUUACAUUCAAAAAGCAAACAGCCCAAGUUUCGAAAUAUAAAGUACAAACAUAAAGAAACUUCAGUUAUAGUAGAACCCCCAGUUACAAAUGAAGACUGCAGUUUGAAAUGCUGCUCUUCUGAUAUGAAAGGCUCUCAUUUGGCCAGCAUUUCUAAAAGUGGAAAAGUGGAUGGGCUAAAACUGCUGAACAACAUGCACGAGAAAACCAGGGAUUCAAAUGACAUAGAAACAGCAGUGGUGAAACAUGUUUUGUCAGAGUUGAAGGAACUCUCUUACAGAUCCUUAGGUGAGGAAGUCAACGAGUCUGGAACAUCAAAACCACCAAAACCAUUACUUUUCUCUUCUGCUUCUAGUCAGAAUCAUAUACCUAUUGAACCAGACUACAAAUUCAGUACAUUACUAAUGAUGUUAAAAGAUAUGCAUGAUAGUAAGACCAAGGAACAGCGGUUGAUGACGGCUUCCAACCUGGUGUCUUAUCGGAGUUCUGGUCGUGGGGACUGUUCCACAAGUGGUCCUGCAGGGGCUUCUAAGGUUUUGGUUUCAGGAGGCUCCACCCACAAUUCAGAAAAAAAUAGAGAUGGCAUUCAGGACUCAACUAAUCCUAUCCCUAGUGGUGGGGACUCUGCAGUAUCUGGGGAAUUGUCUGCAUCCCUCCCUGGUUUUGUGUCCAACAGAAGAGAUAUUCCUGCUUCUGGCAAAAGUCGUCCAAACUGUGUCACCAGGCGCACCUGUGGGCGAUCAAAGCCAUCAUCCAAAUUGCGAGAUGCUUUUUCAGCUCAGAUGGGAAAGAAUACGGUGAACCGAAAAGCCUUAAAGACAGAGCGCAAAAGAAAACUGAAUCGGCUUCCAGCUAUGACUCUUGAGGCUGCUCUGCAGGGAGACAGAGAAAGUGGAGGUUCAUUGACAGGUGGGACAGAAGAUCUGGGUAAAGAUGAAUCUCUUCAAUUAACAGGCCAUUUAACAGGCAAAGAUGGUACUGAACAUCUUUCUGAUGGUCAUUUGGAUAACAAGGUUAAAAAACCUGAACCAGAUAAAAUUCCAGAAAAAGGCCCUGGUUUUGAAAACAAAAAGGGCCAAAAGGGCCAAGAGCUGGACUCUGAAAUGAACAGUGAGAAUGAUGAACCCAAUGGUGUAAAUCAAGCAGUGCCUAAAAAACGCUGGCAGCGUUUAAACCAAAGGCGCACUAAACCUCGUAAGCGCACUAACAGAUUUAGGGAAAAAGAAAAUUCUGAGGGUGCCUUUGGGGUUUUGCUUCCUAGUGACCCGGUACAAGAGAAGCGGGAUGAAUUUCUAGAGCAUAGAACUCCUCCUUCAACAAACAUACCAGAGGAUGCACUGACAGAUACCAAUCGUGCUGGCCACUUAGAUUCAGUUGGGUCACAGUUGAAUAUUCGUGACAAAUCUAGCACCAGCCUUGGGGAUGUGGAAAAGGAGCCAGGAAUUCCCAGUUUAACACCACAGGCUGAGCUCCCUGAACCAGCUGUGCGGUCAGAGAAGAAACGCCUUAGGAAGCCAAGUAAGUGGCUUUUGGAAUAUACAGAAGAAUAUGAUCAGAUAUUCGCUCCGAAGAAAAAACAAAAGAAGGUUCAGGAGCAGGUACACAAGGUAAGUUCCCGCUGUGAAGAGGAAAGCCUUGUAGCCCGAUGUCGAUCUAGUGCUCAGAACAAGCAGGUGGAUGAGAAUAAUUUGAUUUCAACCAAAGAAGAGCCCCCAGUUCUUGAAAGGGAGGCUCCAUUUUUGGAGGGGCCCUUGGCUCAGUCAGAACUUGGAGGUGGACAUGCUGAGUUGCCACAGCUGACCUUGUCUGUGCCUGUGGCUCCGGAAGUCUCUCCACGACCUGCCCUUGAGUCUGAGGAAUUACUAGUUAAAACACCAGGAAAUUAUGAAAGUAAGCGUCAAAGAAAACCAACUAAGAAACUUCUUGAAUCCAAUGAUUUAGAUCCUGGAUUUAUGCCCAAGAAGGGUGACCUUGGCCUUUCUAAAAAGUGUUAUGAAGCUGGUCGCUUAGAGAAUGGCAUUGCUGAUGCAUCUCGUUCAAAAGAGUUUGGUGGAGGCACCACCAAGGUAUUUGAUAAGCCAAGGAAACGAAAACGUCAGAGACAUGCUACAACCAAGGUGCAGUGUAAAAAAGUGAAAAGUGACGAUUCAUCAAAGGAGACUCCAAGUUCAGAGGGGGAACUAAUGACCCACAGAACGACUGGAAGCCCCAAGGAGACUGUUGAGGAGGGUAUAGAACACGACUCUGGGAUGCCUGCCUCUAAAAAAAUGCAGGGUGAACGUGGUGGAGGAGCUGCACUGAAGGAGAACGUUUGCCAGAAUUGUGAGAAACUGGGUGAACUGCUGUUAUGUGAGGCUCAGUGCUGUGGGGCUUUCCACUUGGAGUGCCUUGGAUUAACUGAAAUGCCAAGAGGAAAAUUUAUCUGCAAUGAAUGUCGCACAGGAAUUCAUACCUGUUUUGUAUGUAAGCAAAGUGGGGAAGAUGUUAAAAGGUGCCUUCUGCCCUUGUGUGGAAAAUUUUACCAUGAAGAGUGUGUCCAGAAGUACCCACCCACUGUCAUACAAAAUAAGGGCUUCCGGUGUUCCCUCCACAUCUGUAUAACUUGUCAUGCUGCUAAUCCAGCCAGUGUUUCUGCAUCUAAAGGUCGUCUCAUGCGCUGUGUCCGCUGCCCUGUGGCAUACCAUGCCAAUGACUUUUGCCUGGCUGCUGGGUCAAAGAUCCUUGCAUCUAAUAGUAUCAUCUGUCCUAAUCACUUUACCCCUAGGCGGGGUUGCCGAAAUCAUGAACAUGUUAAUGUUAGCUGGUGCUUUGUGUGCUCAGAAGGAGGCAGCCUUCUUUGCUGUGAUUCUUGCCCUGCUGCUUUUCAUCGUGAAUGUCUGAACAUUGAUAUCCCUGAAGGAAACUGGUAUUGCAAUGAUUGUAAGGCAGGCAAAAAGCCGCACUAUAGGGAGAUUGUCUGGGUAAAAGUUGGACGAUACAGGUGGUGGCCAGCUGAGAUUUGCCAUCCUCGGGCUAUUCCUUCCAAUAUUGAUAAGAUGAAACAUGAUGUGGGCGAGUUCCCUGUCCUCUUCUUUGGCUCUAAUGACUAUCUAUGGACUCACCAGGCACGAGUCUUUCCUUACAUGGAGGGGGAUGUGAGCAGUAAAGAUAAGAUGGGCAAAGGAGUAGAUGGGACAUAUAAAAAAGCUCUCCAGGAAGCUGCAGCAAGGUUUGAGGAGUUAAAGGCCCAAAAAGAACUGAGACAGCUGCAAGAAGACCGAAAGAAUGAUAAGAAGCCACCUCCUUAUAAACAUAUCAAGGUAAAUCGUCCUAUUGGCAGGGUACAGAUCUUCACUGCAGACUUGUCCGAAAUUCCCCGUUGCAACUGUAAAGCUACUGAUGAGAACCCCUGUGGGAUAGACUCUGAGUGCAUCAACCGCAUGCUGCUCUAUGAGUGCCACCCUACAGUGUGUCCUGCUGGAGGACGUUGUCAGAACCAAUGCUUUUCUAAGCGCCAAUAUCCAGAGGUGGAAAUAUUCCGCACAUUACAGAGGGGUUGGGGUCUACGGACAAAAACAGAUAUUAAAAAGGGUGAAUUUGUGAAUGAGUAUGUGGGUGAGCUAAUAGAUGAAGAAGAAUGCAGAGCUCGAAUCCGUUAUGCCCAGGAACAUGAUAUCACUAAUUUCUAUAUGCUCACCUUAGACAAAGACCGAAUUAUUGAUGCUGGUCCCAAAGGAAACUAUGCUCGGUUCAUGAAUCAUUGCUGCCAGCCCAAUUGUGAAACACAGAAGUGGUCUGUGAAUGGAGAUACCCGUGUUGGCCUUUUUGCCUUGAGUGAUAUUAAAGCAGGCACUGAACUUACCUUCAACUACAACCUAGAAUGUCUUGGGAAUGGAAAGACUGUUUGCAAAUGUGGAGCCCCGAACUGCAGUGGCUUCUUGGGUGUAAGGCCAAAGAACAUUCAGAGUCUCAUGCCAUUUGCCUCAGUCUACAAGAAAUUGCCCAUGCAUAGUAUUGAAGGGUGUGGUCCAUGUUCUUGUUCUGGAAAUAAGUGACAACAGAGGCUUAAAAUCCUUGAUUAUAAAGAAAAGAACAGGAACUCAACCAACUGUUUGUGCUUUAUUUAUGUUUGCAUUAUUUCAUCUUCCCAACAACCCAUAAAGGUCAGUUUUCUUCCAUGCAUAUGAGGAAACGGUGAUUCAGAUUGGUGAGAUGACUUUUCACAAAUAGAUUGAUUGAAAGCCAGAUUUUCUGACUCCAAGGCCCCUAUAUCAUGUUUCUUUUCCCAAGAAAGGUUGAGACUGAGUAGGGCCUUUGGGUCAUUGUCGUCAGUAAGAGUUGGAUUGCCAUCCUAUUAGCUACUUUCUACCAUGCUCCUUUCCCCCUAGUGAGGUAUCUUCCCUUACAAACUAGACUUUUUUUCUCUGAAGGAGAUGUCAUAUGUCGGUUAACACAUGAGAAAGUUGCUCAUGUAGAUGUACUACCCAGGAAUUUAUGGUUGGAGAAGUUGCUAACCUUUGA